GCUGCCUCGAAGACUCGGCGCUCGACAGGCGUCUACUAACCUGUCUUCCGGUUUCGUCGCCGCCGCAGGCGCACCUGCUGAGUUCCGAGCGACCGAUGGAGAUGGCGGCCGCGGCUGUGUGAGGGACGGUGGAGGCCCGGGCCCGAGGACGGGACAGGCCUGCGUGUCCGCAGGAGCCCGGCCGGGUACAGAGGGCUCCUCCUACUCCAGAGAGGAAACCUCAUCCAGGGCCAUGAAGCUACUACCUCACCGUCUGUGUGCUGCUUAAGCUAAUGCUGCGGGAACCAUGGUUCCUUGGGAGGAAUCAAGCUGACUCUUGGCAUAAGAUCCCUGCCUUCCUAGGGUUGAGAGCAGCAUCGCCAUGGCUUCUCUGGAUGACCCAGGGGAAGUGAGGGAGGGCUUCCUCUGCCCUCUGUGCCUGAAGGAUCUGCAGUCUUUCUAUCAGCUUCACUCACAUUACGAGGAAGAACACUCGGGCGAAGACCGUGAUGUCAAAGGGCAAAUUAAAAGUCUUGUCCAGAAGGCUAAGAAAGCAAAGGACAGGUUGUUGAAACGAGAAGGGGAUGAUCGAGCAGAAUCAGGGACCCAAGGAUAUGAGUCUUUCAGCUAUGGAGGGGUUGAUCCUUACAUGUGGGAACCCCAGGAGCUUGGUGCUGUGAGAAGCCAUCUUUCCGACUUCAAAAAACACCGAGCUGCUAGAAUUGACCACUAUGUUGUGGAAGUCAAUAAAUUAAUAAUCAGGUUAGAGAAGCUCACUGCGUUUGACAGAACAAAUACUGAAUCUGCAAAGAUUCGAGCAAUAGAAAAAUCUGUGGUGCCUUGGGUCAACGACCAGGAUGUCCCUUUCUGUCCAGACUGUGGGAAUAAGUUCAGCAUCCGGAACCGCCGCCACCACUGCCGCCUCUGUGGGUCUAUCAUGUGCAAGAAGUGUAUGGAGCUCAUCAGCCUUCCCUUGGCAAACAAGCUCACCAGUGCCAGCAAGGAGUCCCUGAGCACCCACACCAGCCCCAGCCAGUCACCCAACAGUGCCCAUGGCUCCCGCCGAGGCAGCAUCAGCAGCAUGAGCAGUGUCAGCUCGGUCCUGGAUGAGAAGGACGAUGACCGGAUCCGCUGCUGUACACACUGCAAGGACACGCUGCUCAAGAGAGAGCAGCAGAUUGAUGAGAAGGAGCACACACCCGACAUCGUGAAGCUCUACGAGAAAUUACGACUUUGCAUGGAGAAAGUUGACCAGAAAGCUCCAGAAUACAUCAGGAUGGCAGCAUCAUUAAAUGCUGGGGAAUCAACCUACAGUCUGGAACAUGCCAGUGACCUUCGAGUGGAAGUGCAGAAAGUGUAUGAGCUGAUAGACGCUUUAAGUAAGAAGAUCUUAACCUUGGGCUUGAACCAGGACCCUCCACCACAUCCAAGCAAUUUGCGGCUGCAGAGAAUGAUCAGAUACUCAGCUACACUUUUUGUGCAGGAAAAGUUGCUUGGUUUGAUGUCACUGCCAACCAAAGAACAGUUUGAGGAACUGAAAAAGAAAAGGAAGGAGGAAAUGGAGAGGAAGAGGGCCAUGGAGAGACAAGCUGUCCUGGAGUCCCAGCGAAGGCUUGAGGAAAGGCAGAGUAGCCUGGCUUCUCGAGCAGCCAACGGGGAGGUGGCAUCUCUCCGCAGGGGCUCUGCCCCCUUGAGAAAGGCUGAGGGCUGGCUCCCGCUGUCAGGAGGUCAGGGGCAGAGUGAGGACUCAGACCCACUCCUCCAGCAGAUCCACAACAUCACAUCAUUCAUCAGGCAGGCCAAGGCCGCGGGCCGCACGGAUGAAGUGCGCACCCUGCAGGAGAACCUGCGGCAACUGCAGGACGAGUAUGACCAGCAGCAGACAGAGAAGGCCAUUGAGCUGUCCCGGAGGCAGGCUGAGGAGGAGGACCUGCAGCGGGAACAGCUGCAGAUGCUGCGUGAACGGGAGUUGGAACGAGAAAGGGAGCAGUUUCGGGUGGCAUCCCUGCACACACGGACUCGGUCCCUGGACUUCCGAGAAAUCGGCCCUUUUCAGCUGGAGCCCAGCAGAGAGCCUCGCACCCACCUUGCUUAUGCUUUGGAUCUAGGCUCUUCCCCAGUUCCAAGCAGCACAGCUCCCAAAACCCCUUCACCUAGCUCAACUCAACAGCCCACCAGAGUGUGGUCUGGGCCCCCAGCCCUUGGCCAGGAGCUCUUAACCCAGAGCAUCAUGCCACAGCAACAUGAGGGGCUCUCCUUAAACCCCUUUGAUGAGGAAGACCUCUCCAGCCCCAUGGAAGUGGGCACUACUAGUCCUCCUGCUGCAGAGGUUUCCUUCGACCCUUCAGCCCGCAUGCUGAAAGAGUACAAUCCUUUCGAGGAAGAGGACGAGGAGGAGGAGGCAGUGGCAGGGAAUCCAUUCAUUCAGCCAGACAGCCUAGCUCCUAACCCCUUCAAUGAGGAAGACGAACAUCCCCAGCCGAGACCCUCAAGCCCUCUGGUUCCUGGCAACCCCUUUGAGGAACCCACCUGUACCAACCCCUUUGAGAUGGACAGUGACAGUGGGCCGGAGGCUGAGGAGCCCAUAGAGGAAGAGCUCCUCCUGCAGCAGAUCGAUAACAUCAAGGCAUACAUCUUUGAUGCCAAGCAGUGUGGCCGCCUAGAUGAGGUAGAGGUGCUGACAGAGAACCUGCGGGAGCUGAAGCACACCCUGGCCAAGCAGAAGGGGGGCACUGACUGACUGGCAGUGGAGAGGGCACCUUUAGGCCCAGGGGUCUGGCAGGAGCCAGUGGAGCAGGACAGAGGGCAGGCAGGGUGGAUGAGGAAGGUGGCAGGGUGAGAAGUCAGAUGCACACAGGUGAGGGCCAGGAAUCUGCUGUUUUGUGUUGUGCACUUUGAGGUGUUUCCACUACAGUUGAAUAAUAGAAUAGAAACUAGAACAGGGAGAAUCAGCAUUCAUUUGCUGUUUUUCCUGUUUAUUAUCACUAUCUUUUGUAAUUGGAGGUUUACCCCUUUUGAAGGGACUUUACAUUUUUACUACCGAGAUAUAACUAAAUGCAGCUCUGUUGGGCCCAGGGCAGAAAUGGCUGCUGUGUACCUCUUGGGUCCAUUUGCUACUGCCUAGUCUUGGUUCCUUUUGCAGUAUUAUAGGGCAGCCUGUAUAGAGCCCUUCUUUAGCCAAGACAGAGAAGAUAGAUUCCACUGAGCUAUAUUCUGCUCUGACAGAAGUCCAUCCCUAGUAGGCUGUGAGUUCCAUUUCCCCUGGGGCCGCCUCUCCCCUGCUCUGCGCUUCCUGUCUGUACAAUAGCAGGGGCAAGUGCUGCUAUGAAGGGGAGAGUUUAGACCCGGGAGAGCCCAGCACCUCUUUUUAAGGUGGGGCGAUGGGAACAUUUCACCAGGGUCUGUUUUCUCAGUUUAAGUUGUUUUUUUGUCUCUUUCAGGAAGUUAAGCUGUCAGUGCAGGGUAUCAAUGUGAAUCUGGUCCUGAGCUUUUUAGAAAAUAAGAGUGGUUGGCCGGGCGCGGUGGCUCAAGCCUGUAAUCCCAGCACUUUGGGAGGCCGAGGCGGGUGGAUCACGAGGUCAGGAGAUCGAGACCAUCCUGGCUAACACGGUGAAACCCCGUCUCUACUAAAAAUACAAAAAACUAGCCGGGCGCGGUGGCUGGCGCCUGUAGUCCCAGCUACUCGGAGGCUGAGGCGGGAGAAUGGCGGGAACCUGGGAGGCGGAGCUUGCAGUGAGCCGAGAUCGCGCCACUGCACUCCAGCCUGGGCGACACAGCGAGACUCCGUCUCAAAAAAAAAAAAAAAAAAAAAAGAAAGAAAAUAAGAGUGGUUAACUUUUUGGUUGAUAUUAGUAUUACUUGUGAGAAGAGUUUCCCCACCCUUGUUCUGAUGGAACAAUUGUCUGUCACUGGAGAAAUCUCCCUCCAGAGCUUUGGCAGAGUUACUCUGAUCUGGGUCUGCUUAAAAGGCCUGGUCUCUAAUUUAGGAAUCGGUGAUCUGGAAGCUUUUGCAAAACAUCACCAGAAGAAGGGAAGCUUCCCAGAGUCAGAAGCUAAAUUAAAGUAAUUUCCAAGGCUAUUUGAUCAGCCUUCUUCCCUUUUGGUUCAUUGUGUUCUGAUCUGGGGCACUGAUGAGAUUUAUUUAUUUAUUUAUUUU